CAGUUCACCUAGCCUCCAGCACGAGCAGUCUAGCCGCCUCUUCACUCGUCACUCACCUCAGAUUCUGAAAUCGAUGGCGUCGGAAAAAGUGAUGGCGUCGCACAUACUCAUCAAACACCAGGGCUCCAGACGCAAGGCGUCCUGGAAGGAUCCGGAGGGCCGUGUUAUCUGCAACACCACUCGGGACGCCGCCGCGUCUCAGCUCAGAGCACUUCGCGACGAUAUCCUCUCCGGCAAGUCCAACUUCGAGGAUGUCGCAUCUCGCUUCUCCGAUUGCAGCUCCGCCAAACGCGGCGGCGAUCUCGGCCCUUUUGGUCGGGGCCAGAUGCAGAAGCCUUUUGAAAAUGCAACUUUUGCACUUAAGAUUGGUGAGAUUAGUGACAUUGUUGAUACUGAUAGUGGUGUUCACAUAAUUAAGAGAACCGGUUGAUAUUGGAAGAAUGGAAACUGACCAUCCAAAUUGUAAUGCAGGCUACUAUAAAUGAACCCUUUUAAAAUCUUUGUAAUCCAUUUUCUUCUUUUUCCAUCGCCAAUAUUAUUGUUCUGUUGAAAGCCUAACUCACUGAUGGAAACUUUUUCCCCUUUGUCUUGAUUCAAAUAAUGUGCUGAAACUAUCUUUUGCUGCAUUUGGAGUUUGGUUUUUCUACGAAGAUCAUUGGCUGAUGUAACAAGAAGCUAUUUCAACAUCCCUGUUUAAUGUUUAUUACGUGCACGUGAUGGAUUGAUUUUGAUGGUACUUUUGUAUAAUAUUUUUUGUAAUGCAGUAUUAGUAUCUUUAUUA